AUGGGGAUUCCUCACUUGAUCACCCAUCUACGUCCCUACUCAGAAAACACAAAUUUCAACGGCCAAAAUGUAAUAAUUGAUGGCCCUGGGUUCGCAUAUCACAUAUUCCACACCUGUUUAGCAGAAGAGCCGGAAGCUCGCAAUCCGUUUGAAGCGUUUCCGUCGUACAAGAAGAUUGGCGAUGCAGCUAUCCGCUGGCUAGAAGAGCUAGAAGGCUUUGGCGUUGAAGUGAAGAAAAUAUACUUUGAUGGAUUUUUGCCUGCCUCCAAAAAAAAGACGAGAUCAUCGCGGCUCAUGAAUUACACAAAGCAGCUGGCUUUGUAUCACGAGGCAUGGCCGCAGGUGAUUCCAAGCGGGAGCGGUCAACAGAAGCCGAAAGGCAGAAGAUCAAGUAUGUUUGAUCAUAAAUCGUCUGCAGCUGUCGCUGGACAUGUUCCUGCUAUUCCAUUUCUUGUCCCGGCCAUUCUUGAGAAGCUUCUGGCUUCGGAGCGCUUCCAGAGCAUCACCUCUGUCUCUCCAGGGGAGGCGGAUUUGUACUGCGCAAGGUACGUGAAAGAGCAUGGUGGGACUGUGCUCACAGGAGACUCGGAUCUCCUGGUCCAUGAUCUUGGGGCCCUGGGUUCCGUAUCAUUCUUCAAAGACCUUGAAGUUUCCGAACAGUGCAACAUCAAGACGAUUAGGUGCUGCCAGUAUACACCGGCUUUAAUUGUGGAAAGGCUUGACUUAAACCGGUCAUAUGGCCUAAAAUCUUUUGCUUUUGAGAUGGUUAUGGACCCACAUGCAAGUUUACCAAAGCUGAAGCAGAAAUCGAAGGACAUUAAAGCGGUGACGGGUUAUCCAGGCAUGUACACAGACUUCGUAAAGGAGUAUGAGGCCUUGCCCAAGGAAGUCCAUACAACAGAAUGCACAGAAAGCAGUGCUCCAAAAUCGCUUCAAGCCGUUCUCAGUACACUCGAUCCCAGGAUAUCAGAAUAUGUUCUUCAAUUUCCUCGGGCUGCUGAGGCAGCUGAGCGUCCUUUUCCUGCUUCAGUUCAGCCAGCUGAAAAUGGGAACAGUGUGGAUAUGUUUCUCCCAUUUUUGCUGGAUUGUCCUUCCAAAACGAGCGCUUGGGAGAUGAGCACAGCUGUUCGGCAAUUAGCUUAUGGUGUCAUGAAUUUAACAGAGCCAAAGGAGAACCAUGUCGUGGCCGUCGUGGAACAUCGACGUCAACAAAAGGGUUCUCGAGGUAGGGAGUGGCAGCUUCCCACUUAUGAUGAGAUAGACGAAGCAUCCGCCGGAUUGGUUGAGCUAGCGGAAAGUAUUGGUAAGAAAAUGCCUGGUCUCUCGGACUUUGGUCUGUGGAGGGCCAUUGGCCUUCAUCAAGAUUUGGUUUUCUCUUCUUCGGCUGGGAAACAGUCGCUGGGGAGCUUGAUAAUUGAGUCGGGAGGGCCAAAAAGAUUGUCGUGGGAUACAAUACACUUUUCCGCUCAACUUCAAGGCUCUUUCUACUCGUUUCGAAUGCUCAAACAAAUAUUGGAGGCUGCUCUGGUCUCGCAAUAUGAAGAGAACCUAUCUGCAGCUUCGAAGCGUCUAUCUGAAUUGCUCAAGUCAUUGCCAGAAUUGCAAGCAUUUCCAGACGUCCACGCAGACCUGGAAUCCUUCAAAUCCUCUGCGGAUUGCAAGGCUCUUUCAGCUGUCAAAGCGCUGCUGAACAUAAGAGGGCAGGAUACAAUGGACAAUGGCAAUGCCAAGUCUACAAAAAAAGACAAGAAGAACAAACGGAAGCGGGCGCAGGAGUCAAGUGCGUCGGUGGAGGUCACAAAACGGCCAAAUAAUAUGUUCGACUUGCUAGGCUCGACAUGA